ACAAUGGCACGAUAAUGAUGAUUAAUUUAUUUGAUUGAAUUCGAUUCUGUCCCUCUAAAACACUUUAAAAGCUAACAUAUAUCGUUGCACUAGUAGCAAAAAGUAGAGGAAGAACAAAGACAUGAGGAAAAGGAAACAGUAAAGACUGCCAAGAGAAGAUAAUGGAAGGAACAUCCAGAAAACUUAGUGUAUUCGAUUUAUCAAAAUCUGAGUCUGGUUUACUACAAAGCAAAGAGCUUUAUCAGUACAUCUUGAACACAAGUGUGUAUCCGAAUGAAGCUGAGGUUCUUAAGGAUCUACGUCAAGCUACUGCUAGCCAUCCAGGACAUUUGAUGCUUAGUGCAGCGGAUGAAGGUCCCUUAAUGUCAUUACUUCUAAAGCUUGUUAACGCAAAAAAGACAAUUGAAAUUGGCGUUUACACGGGAUAUUCACUCCUUGUUACUGCUCUUUCUCUUCCCAAAGAUGGAAAAGUAAUAGCCAUCGAUCCAAACCGAUCAUCUUUCCAGUUAGGGUUACCAUUUUUCAAAAGAGCUGGAGUGGAACAUAAGGUGGAGUUUAUCGAGUCUAUCGCCCUUCCUGUUCUUGAUAAACUACUUGAAGAUCCAAAGAACGAGGGAUCAUUUGAUUAUGCUUUUGUUGAUGCUGACAAAUCGAAUUAUGCAAAUUAUCAUGAGAGAUUACUGAAAUUAGUCAAGGUUGGUGGGAUAAUUCUAUAUGAUAACACACUCUGGUCGGGAACAGUUGCCUGGGAAGAUGAUUCCUCACUCGAUGAAGAUAUGGUACGCCUGAGGACUAUCUUCAUGGACCUAAAUAAGAAAUUGGCAUCUGAUUCUCGAAUUCAAAUUUCUCAACUUCCUGUUGGUGAUGGUCUCACGAUGUGUAUGCGUCUUUGUUAAAAUAUAUUUGUCAUUUAUUGUAAACGAAAUAUUUAUUUUGUGCAUGUAUUGUUCUGUUUAUGAUAGUGCGACAUUUGCAUUUAACUAUGUCAAAAAUAUUAAAGAUUUUUCUCAUAUGCAGCUGAUGCGUUUA